GCUCUCCACCCUUCAGGGCUCGUCCCACCCACAUUCUCUGCACCUAACUUCAUCCGACUUUUCUAUCCCUGUUCAGCCGCCAGCGUCCAUCCCCUGUUGAAUAUUCAUAGGGUGGCGCAUCAGCAGCUGCCUCUCUCAUUGGUUCUCCGCGUGCGUCCGUGCUUCCUCUCCCCUUCCCAUUGGCUAGCCGGGCUAUCCCUCUUUACACUUGGGCGGGGGAGUCAGCUCUGCCUCCCCUCCCCAGUCUGACUCAACAGGGCGUGGAGGCUCGGUACCGUGGCAGCUGCGCAGCCCGAGGAGCCGCCGGAGAAGAGCCCCCUCACUCAUUGUUCCUACGGCCCCAGCACUAUGGACGAGCAGGACCAGUCCCCCCUGGUCUCCUCCUCCGGCCCAGCCCAGCCGCAGCAGCCCCGCUUCCAGUACCAGUUCGUGCGGGACCCAGAGGAGGAGGAGGAAGUGGAGGACGAAGACGACGACGACUUCGAUGAGCAGCUGGAAGUGAUGGAGAGGAAGCUGCCGGCCAUGGCCGCGGCCCCCGCCCCCGCCCCGCUGCUGGACCUCGGGGGCUCCGAGCAGCCGCAACCGGACAGGAGGUCCCCCGUCGUGUCCUCCUUCUCCAGCCCGCCCCCCUCUCAGGAGUCCGAGUCCCUCACCCCCCCGCCUGCCAAACCGGAGCCCCCUGCCAGCAGCCCCUUGACGACACACCCCGUCGCCGCUCCUAAGAGAAGGGCAUCGUCCUCCGGCUGUGCUGAUGAGACCCUUUUUGCUCUUCCUGCUGCAUCUGAGCCUCUGAUGCACUCCUCUGCAGAAAAAGUUAUGGACUUGCAGGAGCAGCCAGGUAGCACUAUGUCGUCUGGCCAAGAGGAUUUCACUGCAGUCCUGCUUGACACUGCUGCUUCUCUUCCUUCUCUCUCUCCUCUCUCAGCCGAUCCCUUUAAAGAGCACACAGCCUUUGAUAUGCUAUCAGAUGGAUUACCUGCAAGAAGCAUUUACAACAAAAAUGAAAGUGAGGCUUAUAAAGAAACUAAAGAAAUUGCAAGGAAUCCAUUUCUUGUAGAGAAAAAUGCCAGGGAUGUUCCAGAGAUGGAAUAUUCAGAAAUGGAAUUUCCAUUUGCUAAAGCAGAUGCGGCCAUUAUAUCACAGACGAUAGAAGAAAAGCUGCUAGAGAACAGUAAAGAAAGGUUUAAUCUAGAAAAAAUCCCUGCACAUCAGCACCAUACAUCUUCAGAAGUUCCUGUUGAUUUGUUUGGAAAGCAUGAUGAAGAGGCAUCUACCGAGAAAGUGAAAUAUGGUAGCAAUGAUCAUGGUGAAAAAGUGGCUUUUGAAGAAAACACUCCUAUAAGGGAAGAAUAUGUAGACUUCAAACCAUUUGAGCCAAUAUGGGAGGUAAAAGAUACUUGCCAUGGAGUUAGCAGCUUGAAAGUGGUUGUUGGAAGUCAGGUAGAUAGCAAAUUAGAAAGCAGUUUAGAUGAGAAAUAUGAUGCAGGGAAACUUCAGAUACGAACAAUACUAAAAGAUCUUGAAAACAAAAGUGAAAGCAGUAAUGAAGAUCUUUCUUUCCCAAGCACCCCAGAAGCUAUAAAAGAAUUGUCACAAGCUUAUAUUACUUGUGCUAAAUUUGAAUCUACUGUAACAGUUGAGGACAAUAUAGCUAAAACUCUUUCUCCAUUAGAGGAGGAGAUGUCAGAAAAUAAAACGGAUGAGAAAAAAAUAGCAGAAAUGAAUGCCCAGAUUGGCACAGAACAGAAUGAUACCAGCAUUGAAGUAGUAGGCAGGCAGAGCCAGGAAGCUGACUAUGCUAAAACAGAUAGUUUAUCAGAGAUGUCUGCUGAUACUGCAACAAAUAUGCCUGAAGGUCUUACUCCAGAUUUAGUACAAGAAGCAUAUGAAAGUGAAAUGCAUGAUGCAACAUGUACAAAACUUGCUUAUGAAACACAGAUAGAUUUAGUCCAAACAUCUGAGUCAUCACAAGAGCCUUUGAAACCUGUGAUACAGCUCUGUCUCUCAUCUGAAGGAGCUGAAGCUGCCCCAUCGCCAGUGUUGCCUGAUAUUGUUAUGGAAGCCCCACUAAACACUGGAGUUGCUGGUGCAGAUGCUACUUCUGGGCAGCUUGAAGCCUCCCCAUCAGAAGCUUUUACUUCUGUCAUUGAUUGUGAGAAUGUAAAACAAGAGUCUGGGAAAUCUCCACCAUAUCAAGCGGCAGUGAAUGUAACAUUAACACAGGCACAAGAAGCAAAGGAGGAAGCUGUAUUAAAAGAACCUGAUCAUAAGAGUAGUGCAGUUGCUGAAGAAAUAGAGACUCCUUAUAUAUCUAUUGCUUGUGACUUAAUUAAAGAAACAAAGGUCUCCAGUGAAUCUGCUUCCCCAGUCUUUAUAGAUUAUUCAAAGACAUUAAUAUCAGAAUGUGUUUCACAGCAUGUGCCUGAACAUAUCGAGUCCUUUGAAAAAAUGUCACCCCAGUCUGGAAAAACUGCCUUGUUUAGUGGUCAGCCAACACCUGAGCUUUCUCAGAAAGAACAAGUAAUUGCAUCCCUCACUGUGGAAGAUAAAUCAGUUGAAAAUACUGACAGGAUUGAUGACGGUAAGGAGGGAUUUACAGAUUUGCUACAUUCUUCUGGCAAACCCUAUUUGGAGUCUUUCCAACCUGAAUUGGAAUCUUCUAUAACUACUACUGCUUUGCCCUCUGAGUCAGCUUUUAUAGAAAUAGCCAAGGAAAAAAUUCCUCUUCAAAUGGAGGAGUUGAGUACUGUGGCCUAUUCAGGUGAUAUGUCUGUUUUUAAGGAAUCAAAAACAGUAGACAAAGAUAUUUUACUCACAAAGUCAUCUCCAGUCACACUGACAGAAGACUUUAUGACAUUAGUCAGUCCUAAAACUGCUGCUGAAUUGGUGACAAAAAACACUGACAAAGAAAUAUCCCACAAAGAUGAAAGUAAACAAAUUACUAAUGUGAUCAAAGCUGAGACAAGUCACUUGCCUUGUCCAGAACUAUCCCAUGAUCUGUCUUUAAAGAAUGUGCAAGUGAAAGCUGAAGAAAAUAUUCUUGCCUUGGAAAAGUCCUCAGAGGUUUUGGUCAGAGAAAUGCCUGAAGUAUCCAAGGUAGUGUUACUGCCUACUGAUGUUUCACCUUUUACCACUGAGAAAGAGGUAGUCAGUAUAGGAAAACCCGAAGCUCUUGAGAAAGAAGCUGAGAGAGAAGUUGCUUCUGUUAAAGACAAGGAAAAAUCUACUGCUAUUUUUACAGCAAAGAUGAGUAAAUCCUCAGUUGUUGACCUCCUUUACUGGCGAGACAUUAAGAAGACAGGAGUGGUGUUUGGUGCCAGCUUGUUCCUGCUGCUUUCGUUAACAGUAUUCAGCAUUGUGAGUGUGACAGCUUACAUUGCCUUGGCCCUUCUUUCUGUGACGAUCAGCUUCAGGAUAUACAAGGGAGUUAUCCAGGCAAUCCAAAAGUCUGAUGAAGGCCAUCCAUUUAGGGCUUACCUGGAGACUGAUGUUGCUGUAUCUGAGGAGCUUGUCCAGAAGUACAGCAAUGCUGCACUUGGCCACAUUAAUGGUACAGUAAAGGAGCUCAGACGUCUUUUCCUAGUCGAUGACUUAGUUGAUUCUCUGAAGUUUGCAGUGUUGAUGUGGGUAUUCACAUAUGUUGGUGCUUUGUUUAAUGGCCUGACAUUACUGAUACUGGCUCUGAUUUCACUGUUCAGUGUUCCUGUUAUUUAUGAGAGACAUCAGGCUCAAAUUGACCAUUAUUUGGGAUUUGUGAACAAGACUGCCAGAGAUGCAGUGACUAAGAUCCAAGCUAAAAUACCUGGAUUGAAACGCAAAACUGAGUAAAAAGCCUGAAGCAAUUUCUCAAUAGGAGUUCAUCUUUCAGGGGGCAAAUAUUCAUUUGAAUUACAUGGGGGGGGGUCAGGGAAUAGCAAAACCUUGACAUUGCAGUGCAAUUUCACAGAUCUUUAUAUUGUAGCAGCACAGUGUUUGAGGAAAAAUACCUGUUUUGACUGCUAUGUGUUUCAUCAUCUUAAGUAUUGUAAGCUGCUAUGUAUGGAUUUAAAACUAAUCAUCUUUGUUUUUCCUGUGUGCAGCACCAGCUAAUGCAAAAAAUGUGAGAAAGCUGUACAUUGUGCUUCAUCAGAGGUAGUCUUUCUGCAUUCAAGGUAGAGCGGAGGAUACUAUUUCCCAUUUUGUGCACUGUGUAUGGUCUGGGUAGGUUGAGGCAGAUUUUCUAAAAUGAGAUGUUUAGAAGAAUAUACCAUUAAGCAAGUUUGAAAAACUGUGGCUUUUUGGUAUGAGUGUAGCUGUAUUGUGAUUUUAUUGUUUUAUCACUUGCGUGUGUGUGUGUGUGUAUAUAUACACACACACACACAUAUAUAUAUAUAUAUAGUAUUUCACAAAGCUUAGAUCUUUAAGCUGCUCCACAGUGCUUGAUAUUUCAGAAAAUGGACUGAUUUUAGGACUAGCCAUAGCGCACAAAUUUGAAAAAUAAAAUAUUUCUAGAAACACUACCAUCUAUUUAAAAAACAAAUGAACUUGCACACACAUAAAACUUAAAGCAUACACUGUGUUGCACAAACAUAAUCUGUGGAGCAAAUAUCUAAUUCCUCAUACGUUUGAAAAUGUUGAGCAUUGUUAUGCAAGAAACUAUAAAUGAAAAUGUAUACACUUGUGGUUUAAGCUGUAUUGAACUAAGUCUGUGGAAUGCAUUGUGAAAUGUAAAAACAAAAAAACUAAGUAUCAAUAAAGCUUAUAGACUUAAAGAA